ACAAGGAAGACAUGUAUUUCAAACUCUUAAAAACUUUACUGCCGUUAAAGUUUUAAAUUGUAUUAGUCGAAUUUUUUACAUUCUUUACAAUAUCAUGAAGUGAUGAGUGAUAAUAACAUCUAUUAUUUGACAAUUUUUUUUUUUGUGCUCACGUAUACAAGUGCAUAGCAAUAAUAACAAAGUAAAGAAUUGUUGAGUGAAAGAAUCGUCUGAUACAACAUUUAAUAGUAAACACUACUCGAAGCUCUCGAGAGCGAAUCAGCGCAUAGACAUACAAGAUGUCGAACUUGGUGCGUCUUUUAAGCAUCAUUGCCGUGAUCAUCCCGUUUGAGUCGGAAGGAUUAUUCUGGAAUUUACCUAAUUAUUUCGAGUUAAGCGCUGGGCUUAUAAGGUUUCUGCACGAUGGUCAAAGAGAUUAUGAGGAGAAAAUCCAGGAUACGACUCCGCACUUCGGAGCUGCAUACGAUUUUGUGAUCGUCGGUGCCGGUACAGCCGGCGCCGCAAUAGCAGCGAGAUUAACCGAAAUUCCCGACGUCAAAGUGCUGUUGAUAGAAGCCGGAUCUCGUGAAAAUCUCGUCAUGGAUAUUCCGCUGCUCGCUUACAUGUUGCAGAUGAGUGACCUUGUGAACUGGAAAUAUCAAACUAAGCCAUCGAACAAAUAUUGUCUCGGCUCAACGGAGGGUAAAUGCAAUUUUCCGAGAGGCAAAGGGAUGGGUGGCAGCAGUUCGAUAAACUACAUGCUCGCUACCAGAGGCACUAGCGCGGAUUACGAUCGUUGGGCCGAAAUGGGAAACAACGGCUGGGCAUACAAAGACGUUCUCAAGUACUUUAAGAAAUUGGAAAACAUGAGAAUUCCGGAGUUGCGAUCCGACACCGUCGCUCACGGAACCGGGGGACCGGUGGAUGUCACUUAUCCGUCAUUCCGUACGAAGCUCGCGGACGCUUUUGUGCAAGCCGGCAUAGAGCUGGGAUAUCCGGAGGUGGAUUACAACGCGAAAGAGACGAUAGGCUUUGCACAUUUUCAGGCCACGAUAAAAAACGGCAGUCGCAUGAGCAGCAACAAAGCGUACUUGUACCCGGCGCGCGAUCGCAGAAAUCUUCACGUAACGCAAGAGAGCUUGGUGAGAAGAGUGCUGAUCGAUCAUCGCAAGAAUCGAGCGGUCGGUGUGGAGUUCACGAAACAAGGACGGACCAUUUCUGUGUUCGCGAAGAAGGAAGUAAUUCUGUGCGCGGGUCCUAUUGCAACGCCUCAGUUGUUGAUGCUGUCCGGCAUCGGACCGGCCGAGCACCUUGCUAAAUUCGGCAUAUCCGUCGUCCGCGAUAUACCCGGGGUCGGCGAGAAUCUGAUGGACCACGUAGGUCUCGGUAAUUUUGUAUUUUCAGUGAACGGGCCCUUCAGCAUACAAUUGGAGAAUAUAAUAAAUCCCAACAAUCCGUAUUUAGUAGAUUAUAUGAACAGACGAACAGGGCCACUGGUGGUGGGAGGCGGUUGCGAGGCGAUCGCUUUCGUCAACACCGAGCAUCCGGAAAAACGUAGCGGUCUACCAAAUAUUGAGCUGCUGUUUCUCGGUUCUGCAAUUAAAGGAGAUCCCAUUCAUACGGUAACAUUCAAUAUGAAUACCGAAAUGACUCGAUUUUGGAACAAACACAAGAAUUACUAUGGUUGGAGUGUGGUUCCCUUGCUAUUAAAACCGAAGAGUCGCGGACGAAUAAGAUUAUUGGCUAACGAUAUUAAUGUUAAACCUGAGAUAAUACCGAAUUAUUUUGAACAUGCAGAGGACAUUGACACUUUAAUCUCUGGCAUUAGAUUUCUGUUUAACGUCAGUCAGACAAAAGCGAUGAAAGCGUACGGUUCAUAUUUCUUGAACGACACCGCUCCUGGAUGUGAACACUAUGAAUAUGACACCCGUGAUUAUUGGGAAUGUAGUUUAAGGGUAAUGACAACCACGAUUUAUCAUUACUGUUGCACUUCCAAAAUGGGACCAGAAAGCGAUCCGACCGCUGUUGUUGAUCCUACAUUAAAGGUAAUUGGUGUUCGUGGAUUAAGAGUAGCUGAUUCAUCAAUUAUGCCCGACAUUGUAUCAGCGCAUUUAAAUCUACCCACGUUUAUGAUUGCCGAGAAAGCGGCAGAUAUGAUUAAAACAGAAUGGGGAUACUUAAAAAAAUAAUUGUAGCAUAUCGUGUGAUAUAAAUAGUUGUAGUAAUAUUUUGCAUGCGUUUAUAUUGAAAAUGUAGAUCAUAAAUGUAAUGAGUAUACUAACUGAUUACACAAAUAGUGAGUGUAAAACAAAAUUUUAUACAUUUUCUUUUGACUAACACAUUGUCAUCAUAUUUAACAUUGUCAACAUA